AUGAUCAGCAAAAGCUCGGCCAUUAGGCUAGCCUUCCUGGCUGCUGCUGCAGCCGUUGCUCUCAGCGCACGAACCGUCUCCGCUCAAGACGGAUCUGGGCCCCCAAUAACCUGCGAUGUCUCGCAGUACCUCGACUCCACCACCAACGAGUGCGUCAACUACUCUUCGCGCGGUGAGAAGGCCGGCAGAGCCUAUGACACCACCAUCGACUCCGGCAACACGGCGUGGAUGCUCAUGUCCAGCGCCCUCGUGAUGCUCAUGACCCCGGGUGUUGCUUUCUUCUACGCCGGCUUGGCAGGAGAGGAAAUGGCUUCGAACACGAUGAUGAUGUCGUUCGUGAGCAUGGCCCUAGUGUCGAUCCAGUUCUGGGCGUUUGGGUACUCGGCGUGCUUCAGCUCGGAUGACAUCUUUGGGUGGGCAGGAAACAACGACGUCGGAGCGAUUGCGAGCGGCACCUACGGCGGCAGUAUCCCCCACAUCCUGUUCGCUUUCUUCCAGACUCAGUUCGCCAUGAUCACUCCAGCGCUGUUGAGCGGCGGUAUUGUUGGUCGCAUGACGUUCGGCACAUUCGUGCUGUUCGUAUUCCUUUGGACAUCUCUCGUGUAUGACCCGCUCGCUCGCUGGAUGUGGUCGCUCAAGCUCGACGAGAACUGGGAGAUCACCGCCAUGGGCUGGGAGGGCAAGAUGGGCUCGCUCGACUUCGCCGGUGGCACCGUUAUUCACGUUUCCAGCGGCUUUGGGGCCCUCGUAGCAGCGAUCUUGGUUGGCAAGCGCUACAACCACGGAGACCCCGUCAAACCUCACAACGUGCCGCUGGUGAUGAUCGGCGCUACUCUAUUGUGGUUUGGGUGGUUCGGCUUCAACGCUGGCUCCGAGGGGGCUGCUGACGGCAUCGCUGCGAUUGCUGCCAUUAACACGCACUUGGCUCCGUCGUCGGGCUUCCUCACCUGGGCAGCGUUGGAGUUUAUCCUGUACCAGAAGUUCGACCCUUGUGGCGCUAUCAGUGGAUCUGUUGCCGGCCUUGUUGCCAUCACUCCCGGAUGCGCGUUCGUGAAGCCGUGGGCGACUGUCAUUUUCGGCAUCGUCGGUGCUGCUACGGGCUUUGGGGCCGUUCACCUCAAGAACCACCUCCGCUACGACGAUACCCUGGACUCGUUCGGCAUCCACGGCUGCGGCGGCUUCAUGGGCGGUCUGCUCACGGGGCUCUUUGCCACGUCCGACGUCAACCCCGCCAUCGAGGGUGGCGCCUUCUACGGCAACGGCAUGCAGUUCGUGCACCAGCUCAUUUCGCAGUGCGUGGCGGCGGGCUACUCGGCCGUGGUGACGUUCCUGAUCCUGAUGGCACUCAAGUACACGGUGGGUCUGCGCGUGUCGGAGGACAAGGAAGUGAACGGCAUGGACGUCUCGUACCACGGAGGCCAGGCGUACGAUUACAGCGCGCACGGCCCGAGCUCGCCCGCCUACAAGGCGGCCAACCCGCCCGAGAGGGACUUUUCGAGCAUGAUGACGCCGGCGGAGUCCGACUCGGCCAGCAAGUCCACCAGCAAGGAGCCGAUCAUGAACGUGUAG